AUAAUAACAUGAAGUAUUGAAAUUGCUCUGUUGAAUCUCUAAUAUCGCACAACCUGAGCGUGUACCUGAACGCAGCAGAGGAAGUGGUCAGUGAAGGCGUCAACAUGGUGAAAUUUGGGCUACAGUUUAAAGCCACGCUGGAAAACGUGACGAACGUGAGGCCGGUUGGGGAAGAUUUUCGAUGGUUUUUGAAGCUCAAGUGUGGAAGCUGUGGAGAAAUCUCAGAUAAAUGGCAAUAUAUCACGCUGGUGGAGAGCACUCCACUAAAAGGUGGACGAGGAAGUGCCAGCAUGGUGCAAAAAUGCAAACUUUGCUCCAGGGAAAAUUCUAUUGAUAUCCUUGGGGACACAAUUACACCAUAUAAUGCUGAGGACAAUGAACGCUUCAAGACAAUGGUGCAGUUUGAAUGUCGAGGUUUGGAACCCGUUGACUUUUGGCCUCAAGCUGGCUUUGCAGCAGAAGGAGCUGAGUCUGGUACACCUUUUCCUGAAAUUACCCUCUUAGAAAAAGACUGGACCGAUUAUGAUGAGAAAGUCAACGAAUCAGUUGGAAUAUAUGAAGUAACCCACAAGUUUAUAAAGUGCUAAAGUAAUUUCAAGAGUCAUAAAUAAGUCAGAUGUCCACAGGUUUGUUAAA